UCCCGGCAUCCCUCGGGCGGCGGCGGCGGCGAGGCGAGGCGAGACGAGGCGGAGGACCGUGAGCGGUGGGGCCGGUGGCGGGUAGAGGUGUGAGGGCGGCGAGGGACCUCAGGGGUAGUCGGGCCGGUGUGGCCGCCGCCGCCGCCAUGCAGGAAAUCAUCGCCAGCGUGGACCACAUCAAGUUCGACUUGGAGAUCGCAGUGGAGCAGCAGCUCGGGGCACAGCCGCUGCCCUUCCCCGGCAUGGACAAGUCAGGGGCUGCUGUCUGCGAAUUCUUUUUGAAAGCUGCCUGUGGCAAAGGAGGCAUGUGCCCAUUCCGCCAUAUCAGUGGCGAGAAGACGGUUGUGUGUAAACACUGGCUGCGGGGGCUGUGCAAGAAGGGGGACCAGUGCGAGUUCCUGCACGAGUACGACAUGACCAAGAUGCCUGAGUGCUACUUCUACUCCAAGUUCGGGGAGUGCAGCAACAAGGAGUGCCCCUUCCUGCACAUCGACCCUGAGUCCAAGAUCAAGGACUGCCCUUGGUACGACCGUGGCUUCUGCAAGCAUGGUCCCCUGUGCAGGCACCGGCACACACGGAGAGUCAUCUGUGUGAAUUACCUCGUGGGAUUCUGCCCAGAGGGGCCCUCGUGUAAAUUCAUGCACCCUCGAUUUGAACUGCCGAUGGGAACCACCGAGCAGCCCCCACUGCCACAGCAGACGCAGCCUCCGACAAAGCAAAGUAACAAUCCGCCAUUACAAAGGUCGUCCUCCUUGAUCCAGUUAACGAGUCAGAACUCUUCUCCCAAUCAGCAGAGAGCCCCGCAGGUCAUCGGGGUCAUGCAGAGUCAAAACAGCAGCGCAGGCAACCGGGGACCCCGGCCGCUGGAGCAGGUCACCUGUUACAAGGUCACCCUCUGGCUGUGCAGCCCCCUUCCAUCUGCCGAGUUCCUGGAGUUUCUGCAGUUUCUGUGAUACCUUUGGAGUUUCUUCGUUGUGUCUGAAUGAAAGUCUGGAUGGCUGAGAAUUUUGGAGUCCCCAUACCGAACCUGGUAUUUGGCAGGUGCUACCUUACCUGAAAAUUGCAUUUGAAAACGGUGUUGUUUUUUUUGUCUCCUCCCUCCCUCCCUGCUGUUCCCAGUGUGGCGAGAAAGGACACUACGCCAACAGAUGCACCAAAGGCCACUUGGCCUUUCUCAGUGGACAGUGACAGCAGCUGGAGCCAGCUCAGAGCAGCCCAAGGGUCCCCACUCUCGGGGACCACCCUGGGCCAUCCUUGGGAGCGUGCACUUAACUGUUUAACGCCAGUGUUGGUGCAACUCUGGCUGGAGCAGGCAGGCAAGCACGCCAGGGUUCAUCAUUCUGAGGGGCUACGUCUGACAGUUUCCCUAUUAUUUGCUGUAAACUUUUUUAAAAGGGGACAAGUGCUCCAGGUUGGUCAAGUCGGCAUCAUGUCUGUCUAGGCAUGGACACCUGUCCGCAAUUCCCUGCACACCGCCCUCUGGGGAGGGGAGGAAGCGGUGGGGAAGGGCUCCUGCCAAGCAGUCUGUAGGGAAGGCAGCCCUUCCCCUCGAGGCCUCAUUAAACACCAGUUCUUGGUGACCCCAGGGGCUGUUGGAUCAUUUAAAGCUGGUCAUGCCUGCUUCCUCCACAUCCUGCUGAAUUCAGAACCUGUGCCUGUCCAUGUGACUUGAAGGAGGCGGCACCUUCGGGCAAACUUAAGUGCACUCCUUGUCUCUACGACUGGGCCCUGCUCCGAGGUGGCAGUGGUUGAGAGGAAGGGCACAGGGCUCUCAAGUGUGAGGGACUUUUUGUUCUGGGCUCAUUUCCUUGGAGUGCCUCCUUAUCAGUGGCAUGGCUGAAGGUAUGCCUUAAGCUGGAGCUGCAGACCACCCAGUAAAUCGAUGACACAGUCUAUCUGUGCACCUACCUCCUGCCCCUGAACCUGGAAAUGUGAGACUGUCACCUGCAGCCUGCUGGGCAAGUGGGCCUGUUCAAGUUCAGUUACAAGAACAAUUUUUAUGAGAUCGAUUAAAGCUUGUUUUUUA